AUGAAGGAGCGGCCGCUCCAGGCCAGCAAGGCAGCUCGACCACUGACUGUCGCGAAGGCCCUAACUUGCGAGUGGCUUGGCUUGCCCAAGUGGCGGUGGAGCGGUCCUGCCAGGCAUUGCGCUGCACGCGUGGAGGACAAGGGGGGGGGCGAGGAGGAGGAGGAGGAGGAGGGGGGCGAGGAGGAGGAGGAGGAGGAGGAGGGGGGCGAGGAGGAGGAGGAGGAGGAGGGGGGCGAGGAGGAGGAGGGGCAAGGAGGAGGGGCAAGGAGGAGGGGCAAGGAGGAGGGGCAAGGAGGAGGGGCAAGGAGGAGGGGCAAGGAGGAGGGGCAAGGAGGAGGGGCAAGGAGGAGGGGCAAGGAGGAGGGGCAAGGAGGAGGGGCAAGGAGGAGGGGCAAGGAGGAGGGGCAAGGAGGAGGGGCAAGGAGGAGGGGCAAGGAGGAGGGGCAAGGAGGAGGGGCAAGGAGGAGGGGCAAGGAGGAGGGGCAAGGAGGAGGGGCAAGGAGGAGGGGCAAGGAGGAGGGGCAAGGAGGAGGGGCAAGGAGGAGGGGCAAGGAGGAGGGGCAAGGAGGAGGGGCAAGGAGGAGGGGCAAGGAGGAGGGGCAAGGAGGAGGGGCAAGGAGGAGGGGCAAGGAGGAGGGGCAAGGAGGAGGGGCAAGGAGGAGGGGCAAGGAGGAGGGGCAAGGAGGAGGGGCAAGGAGGAGGGGCAAGGAGGAGGGGCAAGGAGGAGGGGCAAGGAGGAGGGGCAAGGAGGAGGGGCAAGGAGGAGGGGCAAGGAGGAGGGGCAAGGAGGAGGGGCAAGGAGGAGGGGCAAGGAGGAGGGGCAAGGAGGAGGGGCAAGGAGGAGGGGCAAGGAGGAGGGGCAAGGAGGAGGGGCAAGGAGGAGGGGCAAGGAGGAGGGGCAAGGAGGAGGGGCAAGGAGGAGGGGCAAGGAGGAGGGGCAAGGAGGAGGGGCAAGGAGGAGGGGCAAGGAGGAGGGGCAAGGAGGAGGGGCAAGGAGGAGGCCCUGGAGGGAAAGGGACAAGAGCAGCUGAGGGUGAGGAAAGAGAAGGCUGGCCAGGAUGGGUGCGGGGGAGGGGUGAGGAGGCGACGACGUAA